AUGUCAACAAAAGCUAGUGAAGAGGAAUCGUCCUCCCAUCUGGACGAGAGUGAUAUUCCGGACGAGUUUAUCGAUGAAGAUACGGACAAAUUGGGAUACUUCCCGGGCAAAACGAUCACACUGCAAAUGUUGCUUGGAGCGAACGUUCUGCAGCCCGGCAAAGGUGCCAUGACGAUAGAGUAUCUGGGACAAAAGUUUGUCGGUGACCUAAUGGCGGACGGAAAAAUUAAAUCCCAGGAAACGGAAACCAUCUUCUGUUCACCGAGUGCCUGGGCCAUCUACUGCAAGCGUAUCAUUAAUCCGGAUAAAAAGUCUGGCUGUGGAUGGGCCUCGGUCAAGUACAAAGGCCGUAAGUUGGACGCGUACAAGGCGGCGUACUAUAAAAAACAGCAGAAGGAGCGUGAUCAGAAGGAUGAAGUACCGAGUGAUGACCCGGUGGAGGAGUUGGAGGAAGAUAAAACGGCUAUGGAGCCACCACCGGCUAGACGAAACAUUGUUUCGCAUAAUACGAUCAGCAAUCGCAAUAUCAUGCAUGACUCCAAUACGCUCAUUGAGGCGGUUCCAUUUACCGCAAUCGGUAAGAUGCAACCGUUCCUAGUGACCGUGAGCACCUCGACGCUGCUCGUGAUGGAUUUUCAUUGCCAUCUAACCAACUACGAAGUGUGUGGAUAUCUCGGCGGAACUUGGGACAUAAAUGCGCACAAUCUAUCCAUUACGCAUGCCUUCCCGUGUCGGAACACGCGACAUGAUCGUGACAAGGCGGCUCUCUGUGAACUGCAAAUCCAGAAAUUGAUGAUAAAGAAAAACAUCAAUCUGGUCGGUUGGUACCAUUCGCAUCCACGCUUCCCGGUGCAGCCAACAUUACGUGAUUGUGAUGCACAACUGGACUAUCAGAUACGAAUGCGUGGGCCCACCGAAGCAUCUUACAUUCCCUGCAUCGGAUUUAUCUGCUCUCCGUAUGAUGACCAGAGUACUGCUCUAGAGUCGAAUGUGAUGUCGUUCUGGGUAAUGCCGCCUCCCGAGAACCGUCCAGCAGAGUACGGUCGACCGAUGCUGAUGUCUUACACACUCGUACAGGAUGAAACACUUUCCGAGGACGUAAAGGAAGAGAUGAUGCUUACCGUCGAUUACUACAAACAGUUUAAGCGUGAACUGAUCAACUUCCAAUCGAUCUACAUCAACGAUGUCCCGUAUAUCGAAAAGUUACGAAAAUCUCUCGCGCCGCGCUUCCCACGCGAUUCCACAUCAGGUCACUUUUGGAACUGGAUCCGAGAGUUGCUUGGGCUUGAACCGGAAGAUAUCCCGGAGGUGGUCAUCAUACCUGAUCCUCAGCCACCUUCAGCAGUUUCUUUGUCGGGCUCGGAACUUCAUCCGGAUGGUUUGAAAGGAAACGACGAUGUAACAAUCGUCUCUACCACACCCGCCUCCAUUGUGGCCCAACCCGUAGUAGUUAACCUGGUGCACAGUGCGGAGGAAAGUAGCAUUACAACUGAGGCGAAAAAUGACGACGAUUUCGAUGGUGCUUCAGAGAUGGGAGAUUCCGAUGUGAUCUCACUGAAGGACGAUGAUGGCAAACCGACCGGACCCUCGAUCGUUGUUCCGAGCUUGCAAGCUCAGUUGAAACGUCCGUCCGGUUUAAAUAUGACACCUUCACCACUGUCCAGUUCGCUGGUAGUGCUCCCAACAAACCUAAGUCAAACCGGCAAUAAUAGUGGUCCGCCUGCUACCCAAACCACCGCCACAAAUCUUACCAUGAGCAGUGGUGCGGGUGUCGGUCUAGCGAACAAUCACCAUCACUCACAACAGCAGCAUCCGUCAGGGCAGCCGGGACAGAUGCUUCCGAUGGGAGCCAACUCUCUGACUACCACCAACACUUCUUCGCCACGCGAUAGUCCAAUAACAAUACCCUCGAACUCGGCAAGUCCGGCCAAGUUUGAAAUGCCCGUCCGAGCUAGUCCGUCUCCGGCAAAAUCGGACACUUCGUCGUGUCGCAGUCGCACGCGUAAUUCUCCCGCUCCAAGCCCGGGUAAGCUUUCGAUCGGUGACAUUCUCGGUAGUGCGGCCGCUGUCGGAGGUAGUCGAGGAAGCCCUACUCUUAGUUCGCUUAUCGGACCGGCUGGUGGUCCAGGUGGAUCUGCCAGUAUUGCAGCUGGUGUCGGUAACAUUCACGAUCUGUACGCAGCUACAUUUGCUUCGCUCGGUAGUGCACUUCCUUCAAAUUUAUUGUCUCAGGACUAUGCCGCACUGUUUGGACAGGCUUCGGGUGGACAGCAGGGUAGCAAGCAGCAGCGAGGAGACGAGUACGGACUGUCGGCUUUGACGGCACUAGCACAGGUAGCUGCAGCGUCCGGACUCUCCAAUUCUCAGAUCAACGAAACGUUGCUGCAUAGUUUGAAUCGUAGCAUAUCGUCGAAAUCGGGAGGUGGCUCCAAUGUUGCAACUUCCGCUGCGCAGGCGGCCUCUACCAUCACAUCUAACAGUAGCUCGUCUGCGGGCAUGGGCGGCGGUGCUGGGGGUGCAAAUUCCUCGUCUGGAUUGCCUCCGAUACCAAACAUGAAAGAAUUUAUGCAGCAGCUCGAGAAAGGCAACCUUAGUCUGUUCAUGCAAUCACAAUACGGUAAUCCGCUGGUCGGUAUGGCUGGGUUAACGUCCGGCGGUCCUGGCACCCCCGGAACCACCGGCACUGGAACUGGAUCUGGUGCAAGUCCUAGCACAGGUAAAUCGGGACGCUCCGGAGGAAAAUCGCGCUCGAAGGCGAAUCAACUACAACAGCAACAACAGGCAGCAGCGGCAGCAGCCGUAGCCGCCCAACAGCAAUUACAGCAAGCUCAGCAAGCACUUCUACAGCACCAGUCGAUGAUGGAGUAUGCCGAUUUCUCGUCCAAAUUUGAUCAAGGUAAGCUGGCCGACCUGAUGAAAUCACCCGAAUACUCCCAGAUGUUGCUGCAGCAAGCGCAAGCUCUGGGGAAUCUUGGUAGCGAAAUUUCUAUCAUCAAGAAACCAUCAUCGGGCUCAUCGAAAGGCAAUUCAAAUUCGAAAGAUCACACCGGAGUCCAAAUGGGUACGUGCACUAACUCGUCCGCUGGUUCGUCCCUGUCAACGCUAAAUUCAGCCGCAAAGAAGGAGGCAGCGGCCAACGAACUUAUCUCAAAGCUUCGGACUGUUUUCUCUACAGACGCCUAUCUACCGCCCGUGCCGACCACGGCUGAUAUCAACCUGCUCGUAGAACAAUCGCAAAAAUAUCCGGUGGUACAGCAGAUCCUUAACUCCGGCAACGUGGACGAUAUUCAAGUGCUGCUCAAGGCCCAAUCGCUCUCUAAUAACCAGCUCGAUUUUGCCGGCUUUUUGGGGCACAACACAUCGGGUGGUUCGGGCACGAAUGGGAACAGCGCAUUGAGUCAUGGUAUGCUGGGUGGUGGUGGUGCGAGUGGUUCUUCCGAUGGAUCAUCACCAUCAGGUAAAUCGUUGUCUUCUGGGACGAAAGGUGGAGGAACAGGUGCGGGAAGCGUUGCUGGUGGUCUAAAAGAUGGUGAUAUGACAGCAGCAGCCACGAUUAAUCCGUACCUUGGCGUACCGAAUUUGUCCGCCCUUUUCGAGCCGAUUCAGCGCAUGGGCGGUUCGGGUGGUGGGAAAUCGGGCGGCAAAGGCGAUAAAGCGUCGAAGGCAGCUGCUGCUGCAGCGGCAGCAGCGGCAGCGGCAGUUAGCAGUGGUUCCAUCUCCAAUCCGGCCGAUAUGCUUAACAGUCUGUUCGCGUCGGCGGUCGGAGUAGCUGGAGGCGCGCAACCUAGUGCUGCCGACAUGAACGCAUUGCUCUACAGCCAGGCGGCCGCAGCAGCCGCCGCCGCUGGUGGUAAGGGUGUGCCAGAUUUGAAUUUACUGUUCGGUGCUGGUGCUGGUGUCGGAAUGCCUGGAGCUUCAGCUGCAUCUUCAUCGGGAGUCGGUGGUGGCUCGGGUACAUCGGGACAAACUGGAACGAGUGGAACAGGUGGUUCUGUCGGGACUAAUGCGAGUGGAAAAUCUGCUUCAUCAGCCGCCGCAGCUGCUGCAGCGGCCGGUCUGGACUAUCUGUCCAUGUUCCCGAACUUCUCAGCGGCUGCUGGUAAAAUGCCUGACAUGUCUGCUUUGUUUGCGCAGGAUAAAUACGAAAUCCCGGACCCACUGUCGAAAGCAACACUCGAGGCAAACAACAUGUAUUUGGCACCAUCUGCGUCGCUGCUAAAAUUACACCAGGAAGCGUUCAACUCUAUGCUGAUGAAGCCACCUAAAUCGUCCUCCUCGUCGACAGCUUCCUCGACCGGUAAAAUUGAAACUCCACCACCGCCACCUCCACCUUCGGCGCAGGGCGCGGUAGCGUCGCUCAUUCCGUCACCUGGGUCACGCCUAACACCGAGCAAGUCAGCUAGCAGCCGGGAAAGCCCAUCACUCAACACCGGCGCAAGUGGUGGUGGUACUGGCGGAGGGGGUCAAAGUUCAAAAUACAAUUUUUCGGCCGUUGAUCUGGCGGUUUCGAGUGUCGUACCGCUAGCAGCUAGCUCGCCCCUAGGUGCUGCAGCAGCAGAUCUUUCACGGAAGUCGUCUUCCCAAACUCCACCGGUCGAUAUGUCACGAUCAUCACCGGCCAUGCCGGGAACAACGGCGGGCAGUGGAACGGGAACGACAUCACCCGGUAGUGGAAGUGGAAGCAUGAUAUUGCCACCGUACAAGAAGCGUAUGGAGUUCGCCUCAAUUGCAGAUCUCGUCGCAGCACCGCCUGCGAAGAUACCGAAAAUGUCUACCGAGAAUCUGGACCCGUAA